AUAAAGAGCCCUAGAAAGCUCACGUAUUCCUUUGCUGCAACACGGAACCACCACAAGUAAGCUCUGCCAGCAUUACUGGGUUACCAACGAAUCUGGGCAGCAAUAUUCUAAACGAAUUUAAGAUUACAAGUGACUCUGUGAGGAUUCUAUCAAGCAAGAAAAUUUAACAUCUCUGGUCUUUUUCUGGUUGCUGAAGGGGGACUGGAUGUAAGCACCCUGGCUCCAACAUGGAGACGCUAGGGAGAAUUCAACACAACAGGCAAGUGACGACCUUUAUUUUGAUGGUAUACUUGUCUCAAGCUAACCCUGCGCCUAUUCGUUAUUCUGUUCUGGAAGAAACAGAGAGCGGCUCCUUUAUAGCCCAUUUAACCAAGGACCUGGGCCUGGGAAUUGGAGAGCUGAACGCUCGGUCGGCUCGGGUGGUUUGUGAUGAUGAUAAGCAGCGCUUGCUGCUGGAUCGUCAGACUGGAGAUUUGCUUUUGAGGGAGAAACUAGACCGGGAAGACAUAUGUGGCUCCGAUGAACCCUGUGUGCUGCAUUUCCAAGUGUUCCUGGAAACCCCAGUGCAAUUUUUUGAAGGAGAAUUAUUAAUACAGGACAUAAAUGACCACUCCCCAGUAUUCCCGAAUAGGGAAAUGCUUUUGAAAAUACCGGAAAACAGCCAGCCAGGGACUGUAUUUCCGUUGAAAUUAGCUCAGGAUUUGGAUGUGGGUAGCAACGGUCUUCAAAAAUACACAAUCAACGCCAAUUCUCAUUUUCACGUUCUCACUCGAAAUCAUAGUGAUGGCAAGAAACAUCCAGAUUUGGUACAGGACAAAGUGCUGGAUCGAGAGGAGCAGUCAGAGUUCAGCUUAACCCUAAUGGCGCUGGAUGGUGGGUCUCCACCUAGGUCCGGCACCAGCAUGGUGCGAAUCCUGAUCAUGGACGUCAAUGACAAUGCUCCCGAGUUUGUGCACACUCCAUAUGAGGUGCAGGUUCUGGAAAACAGCCCCCUAAACUCCCUAAUACUUACAGUUUUAGCUAGGGAUGUAGAUGCUGGAAACUUUGGGACUGUUUCCUAUAGCUUGUUCCAAGCCUCAGAGGAAAUCAAACAAACUUUUUCAAUAAAUGAAGUCACAGGAGAAAUCCGACUGACAAAGAAACUGGAUUUUGAACAAAUCAAAUCUUACCACGUGGAAAUUGAGGCUACAGAUGGAGGAGGCCUUUCUGGGAAAGGCACUGUAGUCAUAGAGGUGGCAGAUGUGAACGACAACGCCCCUGAACUUACCAUAUCUUCACUCAUCAGCUCCAUCCCAGAAAAUGCCCCGGAGACCGUGGUCUCUAUCUUCCGAAUUCGAGAUAGAGACUCCGGAGACAACGGAAAGAUGAUUUGCUCUAUUCCAGACAAUCUGCCAUUCAUUUUAAGACCGACUUUCAAGAAUUUCUACACCCUGGUAACCGACAGCCCUCUUGACAGAGAAAGCCAAGCUGAGUACAACAUCACUAUCACGGUCACUGACACGGGAACUCCCAGACAGAAAACCGAGCACAACAUAACCGUGCUGGUGUCCGACGUCAACGACAACGCCCCCGCCUUCACCCAGACCUCCUACACCCUGUGGGUCCGCGAGAACAACAGCCCCGCCCUGCACAUCGGCAGCGUCAGCGCCACAGACACAGACGCGGGCGCCAACGCCCAGGUCACCUACUCGCUGCUGCCGCCCCCCGACCCGCUCCUGCCCCUCGCCUCCCUCGUGUCCAUCAAUCCCGACAACGGCCACCUCUUCGCCCUCACGUCCCUGGACUACGAAGCCCUGCGGGCCUUCGAGUUCCGCGUGGGCGCCACCGACCGCGGCUCGCCGGCGCUCAGCAGCCAGGCGCUGGUGCGCGUGCUCGUGGCGGACGCCAACGACAACGCGCCCUUCGUGCUCUACCCGCUGCAGAACGCCUCGGCGCCCUGCACCGAGCUGGUGCCCAGGGCGGCCGAGCCGGGCUACCUGGUGACCAAGGUGGUGGCGGUGGACGGCGACGCGGGCCAGAACGCCUGGCUGUCGUACCAGCUGCUCAAGGCCACGGAGCCCGGGCUGUUCGGCGUGUGGGCGCACAACGGCGAGGUGCGCACGGCGCGGCUGCUGAGCGAGCGCGACGCGCCCAAGCAGCGGCUGGUGGUGCUGGUCAAGGACAACGGCGAGCCGCCGCUGUCGGCCAGCGUCACGCUGCACGUGCUGCUGGUGGACGGCUUCUCGCAGCCCUACCUGCCGCCCCCGGAAGCGGAAGCGGCGGCCGCGGCGCCGGCCGACCCGCUCACCGUCUACCUGGUGGUGGCCUUGGCGUCGGUGUCGUCGCUCUUCCUCUUCUCGGUGCUGGUGUUCGUGGCGGUGCGGCUGUGCAGGAGGGGCGGGGCGGGCUCGGCGGGUCGCUGCCCGGUGCCCGAGGGCCACUUCCCGGGCCACCUGGUGGACGUCAGCGGCACGGGGACCCUGUCGCAGAGCUACCACUACGAGGUGUGUCUGACGGGAGACCAUAGAACUGGUGAGUUCAAAUUCCUGAAGCCGAUAUUCCCUAACCUCUUGGUUCAGGACACUGAGAGAGAAAUCAAGGAAAGCCCCAACUGUAGAAAUAGCUUUGUAUUCAGUUAAAUGCCGUAUUUGGUUAAGUGAGCCUCUCAAUUUUGUUAAGCCUAACUCACAUUACAAUAUUUUUCUCUCAAGAGAUUGUGAGUGAGUGAAGUCGCUCAGUCGUGUCCGACUCUUUGCGACCCCGUGAACUGUAGCCCACCAGGUUCCUCCGUCCAUGGGAUUCUCCAGGCAAGAAUACUGGAGUGGGUUGCCAUUUCCUUUUCCAGGGAAAAGAGAUUGUACUGUUACAUAAAUUUGUAUAUAUAUCUAUUCCAAACUUAUGCAUGUCUCUACUAAAUUUUCCUUUUAUAGUAUUCAUUGGAUUUAGCAUUUUUUUAGUUACAGUUGAUAUUAUUUCUCCAUAUUUUACCUUCUCGGUGAUUAAUGUUUCCAUAACUAUAAAUUACUCAAGCCAUAAAAGAAAUAUUAAUAUUUAAAUCAACCUCUUUUAAUGUCUUUUUAAGGAAAUACUUUAAAGCUUUUGUGUAAUCUUGAAUUUCUGUAUGUUUUUGGUGCUUUUCUUUACUUAUAUUUGCAAGGGCAGAGUGUUAGAAAUUCUUUGUAGCUACCUAGAGCUUUCCUGUUCACCAUUCUACCAGGCUGUGCCCCACUAAAUAGCCAUGAGCAUAUAACUUAGCAUACUUGUUUCUCAUAAGUUGCACCUAAACAUGCACUUUAUUAAAAUUAAUAUACUACAGUUUUGACCUUAUCCCAUUCUGAGUACCAUAUAUGCUAGAGAUUAUUCGUUUGCUACUUACCUAGCACAUUGUAAUUGCUUCAGGAAUACUAAUAUUAAAAUAAAAAUAUUCUUAUUUAUAAAUAAGAGAAAAUCUUAUAUAAUUUGGUAUCAAAUUCACUUCACUAAAAUAAAACUAAUUCACUGCUUGAUAACAUACUUUAAAAUCUUAGAAAACCCUAAAUCCUUUAGAAGGACUCAAGAGGUAGAAGGCAUCAUAUACUUUCCUGUCCUUCUUUUGCUCUAUUCAUAGAAGUUCAAAUGUAAGUACAAAGUAUGUGUUUUUCUUGGCUUUCAUACAGUUUUUCCACAUCCUUCAAAAAAGGCAGAAUUUCUCUUGAGUUUUGUUGAUUAUGGUCUAGUCUGAUUACUCUAAGUUAUUUUGUAAACUUGAGCAGCUUUUAUCAACAAAAUUAUAAUUUAUUUUUGAUGUCCAAAUGACCUUGUUUUGUCUUUCAA